AUGAAUCUGCUCUCUGGAAGUUCGAUGAGACGCAAAAUUUUGAAAGGCGGCAGGAACGGUGAAAACGGAAUCAGAAGCUCAAUCCAUUCUUCAUUUCUUGGUUUAUUUGCUGGCAAGUCGAAUCAGGGACGCACAGAGCUCCCCCUUCGAAAAGAAGCAAAUAUACUGGUGAACCAAUAUUUCGAGUUUGUGAAUAUUUUCACACCAGCCCUGCACCGUGAUGAUGUUGACAAAAUAAUUGAUCAUGUCUACUCGAAUCAGGGGGAUGAGAAAAAACCUCGAGAUAUGUACGUUCUUCAUAUUGUUCUUGCUAUUGGUGCUGCCAUCAAGCGCGAGCCUACACAGCAGAAAGCUUUGUCACAUGAGACAAAGCAGUGGCAAAAAACAUCAACAGGGAAAAGGCGAAAGGUAUCGAGUACUUCUCAAAUAUCAGAAGCUCAUGAAGCUUCAGCUAUGAUAUACCUAGAAUCAUAUUUGGCACUACCGCCAUCUUUAGGCCUAACAAAUUCUCUCGAAGAGCUACAAGCCCUAGUUCUUCUAUGUAGUCUUGCUCUACUAAGACCAACGGCACCCUCUCUUGCUAACCUGGUCAACACGGCCAUGCGUUCGGCUACAGAUUUACGUCUUUACUCUGAUUGCAGCAUCAGCACCACACUUCGGACCGAGUUCCCCAGCUGUGAUCUCACCAGGAGGAAGGCCAUCACUCGGGUUCAAGAUUUGUGCCGUCGUCUGUGGUGGUGUGCAUACAGUCUAGACCGUCUUAUCGCUCCGUGUUUGGGUCGACCGUUAUUCAUUCCUGAUGAAGUCGUAACCACUACACUUCCAAAUAUUGAUGAUGAUAGCUCCCUCGCCAGACUCGGAUUCAUCAGGCCCUCAAGGAGCUCGGCUACCUCUAAUUACGUGACUAACCAUCAUCUGAGGCUGCGGCGUCUGCAAUCUGAGAUUCACUGCAAGCUUCAGUAUCAACAUGCUCUACGUGAUAGUCCCAACCGAUCUGUGGAUUCGCCCCGAAAUUCAGCCACUCUCACUUCACACUUCACCACUUUCAUAUCAUGGCGAAGAGACAUGACCGACAGAAUGGACGAAUGGAAAUGGUCUAUCCCUUAUUCCUCUGUGAGCGGUCGCUCCGCCUGUGAUCUUCUAUUGGAGCUUGGUUACUGGCAAACCAUCAUUACGCUUUAUCGCCAAAACAUAGCGAUUCCUAGUCAGUUGGUUGGAAUGUCAUCUACCCAUGAGUCCAGAAGUAAGCAGAUGCAGAUGAUGGAUCAAACCUCCGAAGAAGUCGAAGUUGUGCAUUCAAGAAUGGACGAAGCGUGUCAGAACGUUAUUCGAAUAUACCGUACACUGCAAUCUAUGGACUUGAUCAACGUUGCAUACUUUGCGGAGGACCGAAUAUUCAUUACAGGAUGUCUUUUCUUGUUCAUCAUCUGGAAUUCAGAGCAGGUUCGUCGCAGUUUGUCAUUCCAAAGCCUUGACAGCAUAGUCCUAACGGUCACCGCUGUUCUAGAACAAAUGUCAAAUCAGUCUCCCACUGCGAGGAUAUCUCGGUCUGUCUUCCAGCAAAUGAGUGUUACGACCAUCCAAUACUUUUUAUCUACCAAGGACACAGACUAUGAUUCCAUGCCUCUCUCAAAUGAGCAUCCCGAAAUUUUGACGCCAAAAAAUACAUCUCAAGACACACCAUCAUCAUUCACUUCUGACUCAAUUGACUAUUGGAAGCCUCAAUGCUCAUCCUUGAAUUUUCUCGAACAAAUCACCCUAUCCCUGGAUGCCAAAGUGAGGUUCGAGAACGAAAAAUCCCACAAUUUGAUUGUAGAAUCCAUUCAAUUACCAUACAGCUUUGAUAGCCCUCAUCUGCUGUCACAAACUGCGACGGGAAUGCAAGAUACGGAAGGCUUCUCCAAAUUGCCCUUUGGCUCAAGUGUUUCAAAGAGAAACUCUCAGUCAACAGAUAAUGACUUGAACUCUUUAUACGGUACCUCAUUUGGCUUCAUAUUGCAAGACCAACAGUCUUCAAGUUCCGACAUGUCAAUUCCUCGAAUUGAUGAUGACUUAUUGGGGGACUUUCUUGUUGGAUGGGCUGAUUCUGGGUCACCACAGGAUUGA